UGCUUUUUUUUUUUGGAAAAGGAAAAAAAAAAAGUCUAACUGCUCCUCAAUUUCCCAAUUUGAAUUACCGCGCCGCCCUCUGUUUUUCUCUCUCCCUCUCGCCGAAAACUGCGAGGUUCAGAUCGGAAAUCUCCUUUGAAUUUUCAAACCCGCCAAAAUUCUAUAACCCUCCUCCCAAUUUUAACGGUAUAUCUUUUUACAAUAAUCUCACUAAAAGAUUGAUUCUUGAACCAGCUACUGGAAUGUCGUCGUUUGUUUCUCGGGAAAAUGAUCCCAAAGCACAGUACUUCUACAGUCGGAAAGAGAAAUCCCUUGGCCUCUUGUGCACCAACUUUUUGAGCUUGUACGACCGGGAGGACGUCGAAUCGAUCGGACUCGACGAUGCUGCAAGCCGAUUAGGAGUUGAGCGGCGAAGGAUUUAUGAUAUUGUCAAUAUCUUAGAGAGUGUCGGUAUUUUAGCGAGGAAAGCCAAGAAUCAGUAUUCGUGGAAGGGUUUUGGGGCAAUUCCUAGGGCUUUGGAGGAGCUCAAGGAGGAGGGUUUGAGAGAGAACUUCAGUAUCUCAGACUGCUGCAACUUUGCAAAAUCUCUAGAUGACAUAGAAGAGGGUGGGUCUUCCAAUUCAAAAUCUGAUGGGCAAGACAGAUCUUCUGGAUUAUCAAAAAAUGAUAACAGAAGAGAGAAAUCUCUUGGGCUUCUUACACGGAAUUUUAUCAAGCUUUUCCUUUGCUCGGAUGCAGAUUUGAUCUCCUUAGAUUGUGCUGCAAUGGCUUUAUUGGGUGAUGGACACAAUUCAACAGCUAUGAGAAAUAAUUCUGCAGCAAAAGUUAGACGCCUGUAUGACAUAGCCAAUGUGUUAUCUUCCAUGAACCUAAUAGAGAAGACCCCUCACCCAGAGAGCAGAAAACCAGCAUUUAGGUGGCUGGGAGUAAAAGGAAAACUCAAGAACGCAUCUGCUACUGCUAUGGAUGUCCAACAGCCUAAGAAGAGAGUGUUCGGGACUGAUGUUACCAACUAUAGUUUGAAGAGAAAUAAGGCGGAUUCUUCAACCGAUUGGAAGUCAAACCAGAAUAUAAAUAUGCCAUUGCAUAUGAAACCUGAUGAUUUGGAAAACAAUGGGGAUGGAUUGGAGCAGAAUUCAAAACAUAGCUCAAAGGGGUUUGUAUUUGGUCCAUUCACUCCUGCAUCUGCUCCCGGAGUAGGAGAGUCUGCAAAUAAAAUCAUGAAACCUACACAGGACUGGGAGAGCCUGGCUUCAACCUUUCGUCCUCAGUAUCGGAAUCAAGCUAUCAGUGACCUAUUUGGACAUUAUGUGGAAGCAUGGAAGUCAUGGUAUGUUGAAGUUGCUGGGAAGAAACAGACGAACUCUAGAUAAAAUAAAAGGCAUUUCCAACUACAGCAAUGAAAUACACCUUUUCCUUUUCCAAGCCAUGAAGAUCACAAUUCAUGAGUUCAUGUUGGAAGCAUUUUCUUGAUGUGCCAAUUGGAACGCUUGUCACCAACUCUGUUCAUUAACACCUUCAGUAUCAUAGUCCUGAUUUUUUUUCCCUUUUCUCCACAGCUGUAAGUCUCCAAGGUUUGAUCGGUUUGGAUAAAUGAACAUGUAAUAAUACAGGGAUAGCAAGAGUGAUUUUCCAUUUCCCUUGCCCAAUUCAUAUUUGGAAAGAGAAAUAUUAAAAAGAAUUGUUCUUUUUCUCAAA